CGGAAACCCAUCCAUCAGAUGCACUCUCAGUCCAAGAUCGCGACAAGAAACGCACACCGAGGCUGUUCCCCGCGCCCAAAAUUCACACCCAGCCUUGUGAAGGCGGCCAGUGUCCGGAGAGCAGUGUUUCGGCCGCCGAAUCGCGCCAGCAGGUCGGCCGUGGGGCCGAAUUCGCCCGUCGAACGAACAAUUAUGUGCCUUACCUGAACCCAGUCGGCUGCCUUUCGACCGGAUUCCGAGUGCCUUGGCCGACGCCAGACCGGCCCCCCUUUCGAAGAGUUCCACACAAGCCGCUCCGCAAAUCACCGAGGGCAUGGCGACCCUCUCGCUCAAGAUCUCCAUUGUGGAGCAGGGUGUGACCAAGACAAUGCAGUUCGAGCCCGCCACCACCGUCUACGACGCGUGCAGAAUAAUCAGAGAGAAGAUCACCGAGGCCAAUCUUGGUCAACCUAAAGACUAUGGCCUGUUCUUGGCCGACGAAGAUGCCAAAAUGGGUGUCUGGCUCGAACCUGGGCGCAGCCUCAACUACUACAUCCUCAAAGGAGGCGAACUGCUGGAGUACAAGAGGAAACUCCGCCAGCUCCGAGUGCGAAUGUUGGAUGGAACCCUCAAGACCAUGUUGGUCGACGACUCGCAACCCGUUGCCAACUUGAUGGUGGUCAUCUGCACGAAAAUCGGUAUUACAAACCACGAUGAAUACAGUUUGGUGCGCGAUUUGCCCGAGGACGAGCUUGAAAACAAGCCCGGCAACUACGGCACCCUGACCCUGAAGCGCCGCAAGGAGGAAGGUCGCGAACGCGACGCCAAAAUGGAGCAGCUGCGCAAAAAGCUGAAGACGGACGACGAGGUCAACUGGAUUGACCCGUCCAAGACCCUGAGGGAGCAGGGCAUCGACGAGACCGAAACCGUGCUGUUGAGGCGCAAAUUCUUCUUCUCCGACCAGAACAUCGACUCGAGAGACCCUGUCCAGCUGAACCUGCUCUACGUUCAGGCCAGGGACGCCAUUCUGGACGGCACGCACCCUGUCACUUUGGACAAGGCGUGCGAAUUCGCCGGCAUCCAAUGCCAAAUCCAGUUCGGCGAUUACGUCGAGAGCAAACACAAGCCAGGAUUUUUAGAUUUGAAAGAAUUUUUGCCACAGUCUUAUGUGAAAGUAAAGAGUGUGGAGAAAAAGGUAUUCGCGGAACACCGCAGACAUAUCGGAAACAGUGAGCUCGACGCAAAGGUCCUCUACACCAAAACGGCUCGAGAUUUGAAAACGUACGGAGUCACCUUCUUCCUGGUCAAAGAAAAAAUGAAGGGCAAGAAUAAGCUGGUGCCGCGACUUUUGGGAGUUACGAAAGACUCCGUCCUGCGCCUGGAUGAGCGUACAAAGGAAAUUUUGAAAACUUGGCCACUGACCACAGUGCGCCGUUGGGGUGCCUCGCCAAACACUUUCACCCUUGACUUUGGUGACUAUUCCGACCAAUAUUACUCCGUCCAAACCACGGAAGCAGAGCAGAUUCUGCAACUCAUAUCAGGGUACAUCGAUAUCAUUUUGAAAAAGAAACAAUCAAAAGAUCAUUUUGGAAUUGAAGGCGACGAGGGAUCGACCAUGGUGGAGGACAGCGUGGCGCCUUACAAAGCCACCAUCCUGCAGCAUGAGACGAGCAAAGUCGGCAAAGUCAAUACCGAGUCGCUGGCGAAGCCUGCAAUUAUGAGAGCAGGUGCUGAUGGUGCUCGACCCUACGGCACUGGCCACAUGGGAGGUGCUCAGUUCACAACAGUCACAGGCCAGGCCAACAUUUCGCACUCGGCUGCGCCCAUGGUUCAACAAACAAAAGUAACAACUGUGAUGAGCGAGCCUCAAAGGGCGCUCUUGGGUACCAUCAACGCUGGCCAUGACGCCAUCAGUGCUGCCGAGCACGAGCUGCAGACCAAAGCUCAGCUACCUAAGCUCGGAAAUGAUCCUGCUUCCAUUAAAUGGAAGGAGACGACGUUGGACACCAACAAGCAGAGCGUCACGUCUCAAAUCGCGGCCAUGAAUGCGGCCACUGCUCAGGUCGUCACCCUGACCUCAGGGCCCAGCGAGGACGUGGACCAUAAUGCAGUGGGUGCUGCCAUUUCCACGAUCACCAGCAACUUGCCUGAAAUGACCCGAGGAGUGCGAAUGAUCGCUGCACUCAUUGACGAUGAUGAUGGUGGGGACAAACUUCUUGAUGCUGCCCGAAGACUGUGCACUGCUUUUAGUGACAUGCUGAAGGCUGCUGAGCCCGAAGCCAAGGAGCCACGCCAAAGCUUGUUGAACGCUGCUGGCAGAGUUGGUGAAGCCUCGCACGCCGUUUUGGCUUCCAUCGGAGAAGAGGAUGACAGCAGUCGAGAGCUGCAGGAGAUGCUCCUUGGCCUGGCCAAGGCCGUUGCCAACACUACCGCAGCUUUGGUGCUGAAAGCCAAGAACAUCGCUGCCGCCUGCGACGACCAAAACACCCAAAACCAAGUCAUCGGCGCCGCCACCCAAUGCGCUUUGGCCACCUCACAACUGGUUGCCUGCGCUAAGGUUGUGGCUCCUACUCUGCAAAACGCUGCUUGUCAAGAGCAGUUGGUCGGUGCAGUCCGAGAAGUUGCUCGGGCAGUUGAACAACUGGUCUCUGUUUGCCAAGAAGCUCAACCUGAGCAGAAACUGAUGGGUGACCUGAACGGUGCCGUUGCCGAAGUCACCAGGUCCCUCAAUGACCUUCUCCACCACAUCAAGUUCACCGUAAAUGAGCGUGGCAGAGAAAACAUGCACGAAGAUGCUGUUGAAACCAUCAUGGUGACCACUGACCGAAUGAUGGCGGUUUCUGGUGACUCGGGCGAAAUGGUGCGUCAGGCGCGCAUUUUGGGCCGCGCCACCGCUCAGCUCAUCCAGGCCAUCAAGGGCGAGGCCGACGUCCAGCAGGACACUGAGGUCCAGCGGCGUUUGCUUUCUGCUGCCAAAACUCUUGCUGACGCCACUGCCCGCAUGGUCGAAGCUGCCAGACUUUGCGCUUCCUCGCCUCAUGACGCCACUCACCAGGACGCCCUGAGACACGCCGCUGAGGAGAUCAGGGCUGCAACAACCAACGCUUCCACACCUGCCAUGCGUGCGCGCAUCAUCAACAGACUUGAGAAUUCUGCCAAACAAGUUGCUAGCUGUGCCACCCAAACCAUGUCCUCUGCCCAGGGCUCCCUUGCGUACAACACGAACCAAGUCAAUCACCAGCACCUCCUGGCCGAGUGCAGACAACUCGCCGAUCAGGUGCCCAAAUUGGUUGAGAGCAUCAAAAACACCUCUUCCAGACCUGAAGAUCCGGAGGCUCAAUUGACCCUGAUUGAGACCAGCGAGUCCAUUCUUCAACCCGGAAGCAGGGUCGUGCAGUACGCCAGGUCGGCGCUGCCCACGGUAUCUGACCAGGCGUCUUCCACGGCCCUCAGCCAGAGCUCUCAGCAACUCGCUUCAGCUCUGGGCGACCUCAGAUCUGCCGCCGCCAGGGCCAGAGAAGCCUGCGGCCCUGAAUUGGAGCUCGAGAGCGCCGAGAGGCUCGUCGCUGGAAUGCGAGAGGAACUGGCCGCUUUCGAGAGACAGGCGCAGAUUUCUCAGCUCAGACCUCUUCCGGGCGACAAUGCUGACGCCUCGUCACUUCAGUUGGGCAGUUCCGCCCAAACUGUUGUCGCUUCCAUGGCCAAGUUGGCUUCUGCCGCUGCUCAGGGUAAUGAAAAUUACACUGGACGCGAAGCACGCGCCACUGCUGCUGCUUUGAGCGACUUCACCAACUCAGUUAGGGGAGUUGCUGCCACCACAAAUGACAAAGCUAUGCAGACAAAGAUUAUUUUGAACGCCGAGGAGGUGAUGGAAAGGUCUCUGCUGUUCUUGGACGAGGCCAGAAAGGCGGUGGUUGAAGGUCGUGACAAAUACGACAUGAGAACACUAAGCCAGUGUGGCAAGAGGGUCCAGCAGUCCAUUGAGGACACAAUCAACUGCCUGCCUUCUCAGAAGGAGGUCGACGAUGCCAUCAACACCAUCAACGAAGCCUCACAAAUUUUGGCCAUGAAUGAAUAUCCUCCAACUUCAAAGUCCUACGGUCAACUAACACAAGACCUGCACACUGCCGCUGCAUACUUGAAUGACGCCUCAACUGAUGUUGCUGGUUCCGUCGGAAGUGCUGGAGAAUUGGCCAAUUCUUCAAAGAAAUUCGGAGACGCCUUCACCAACCUGCUCACCGUUUCAAUGGAAAUGGCUGGACAGACCACUGAGACUGAGACCAGGAGCCACAUGAUCAUGUCCCUGAGAAGCAUUUCUCUGACUUCUUCCAGCCUCUUGGUGACCGCCAAGUCUGUUGCCGCUGACCCAACCGCCCCCAACGCCAAGAACAAGCUCUCUGGCGCCGCCCGUGCCGUCACAGACAGCAUCAACGACCUGAUUGAUGUCUGCACUCAGUCCGCCCCUGGCCAGAAGGAGUGCGACAACGCCCUAAGGAACAUCCAGGCCAUGAAGCCACUGCUGGACAACCCCAGCGAGCCAGUCAGCGAGGCCACAUACUUCGAGUGCUUGGACUCGGUCAUGGAAAAAAGCAAGAGCCUUGGCGACGGCAUGACCGGCAUCGCCAACCACGCCAAGAAAGGACAGCACCACGAAUUCGCCAACUCGGUUCGCAACACCAGUGCCGCCAUCUGCGGUCUGGUUGAAGCUGCGUCCCAGUCUGCCUUUCUGGUGGCCGUUUCCGACCCGUCCAGCACAGCCGGACGUCCAGGUCUGAUCGACCAGGCCAUGUGCAGUCGCGCCUCACACGCCAUCAACACCGCCUGCCAGAAUCUGGCCAACCCAUCCAGCUCACAGCAGCAAGUUCUUUCCGCCGCCACUGUCAUCGCCAAACACACCAGCGCCCUGUGCAACGCCUGCCGCAUCGCCUCCGCUCAGACUCACAACCCAGUGGCCAAGAGACACUUCGUCCAGUCCGCCAAGGAUGUGGCCAACUCCACUGCAAAUCUCGUCAAAGAAAUCAAAGCUCUGGACAGGGACUACAGCCCUGCCAACAGGGAGAGGUGCGCCGCGGCCACUCAACCGUUGCUGGAAGCUGUGGACAGUCUCUGCACAUUCGCCAGUUCUUCCGAGUUUGCCUCUGUUCCUGGACGCAUCUCCGAAGAGGCCAGAAGGUCCCAACAGCCCAUCACCCAAGCUGGAAGGUCGAUUAUUGAUGGCUCCUGCGCUAUGAUCGGCGCCGCCAAGUCUCUCGCUGUCAACCCGCGAGACCCACCGACCUGGCAGAUCUUGGCAAAUCACAGCAAGUCCGUGUCUGACUCGAUCAAGAGACUGGUUUCCUCCAUCAGAGACAAGGCUCCUGGUCAGAAGGAGUGUGACAUGGCCAUUGAAAUUAUCAACGGCAAGAUCAGAGAUUUGGACCAAGCCUCUCUGGACGCUGUCUCUCAAGGCCUGAGGCCAAGGAAGGAACUCCCUGCACAAAAAUACAGAGAGCAAACCGAAGCCUCAGCAAGCGAAAUUCUUGAUCGUCUGGAGCCUCUCAGGGGCGCAGCCAAGUUCGAGGCUGAGAAAAUUGGCCACUCCGUCAACCAGGUUGCAAACUACCUGGAGCCUCUGGUCAACGGCUCGAUUGGAGCCGCUUCCAACAUGACCCACUCGAAGCAGCAGAUGGUGCUCCUCGAUCAGACCAAGUCUGUGGCUGAAAGCAUUCUGCAGCUUGUCUUCGCUACCAAGGAAGGCGGCGGCAAUCCAAAGGCAUUGAAAAUCCAUCCUGACAUUGAUGAAGCCUGCGACGCCACCAAAGAGGCUCUGCAAGAUUUGGGCAGUUCUCUUGAGAAACUGGCCACCCAGGCCGGAAUCGUCACAGGAAUCGUCGAGUCCAUUUCUCGCUCGAUGGCGCGCAUCACCGACCGCAGAGUCACGCACAUGGAGACCAACUUGAGCUUCGUCGACUACCAGACGAGGAUGGUCACCUGCGCCAAGGAACUGGCCAGAAUUUCGCAGGAGAUGGUCGGCAAGGCCGGCACCUCCGACACUGCCAGACUCGCCCCUCUGGGCGGAGAACUUUCCAGACAGUACGCCCAGCUGGCCGCUGACGCCGGCGGCGCCGCUUCAGCCACCACCAACCCUGACGUGGCCCAACGCCUGACCUCCGGCGUCCAUGAUUUGGGACAGGCGUGCAUUGACCUUGUCCGCUGCGGUGGAAACUGCCAGCCCGGCGAUUCCUUUGCCCAACGCGAAGUUGCCGAAUCGGGCAGGAGUGUGUCCGAAAAGGUCUCUCAGGUCUUGGCCGCCCUUCAGGCUGGCUCCCGAGGAACACAGGCGUGCAUCAACGCCGCAUCCACCGUGUCUGGUAUCAUUGGAGACCUGGACACGACCAUCAUGUUUGCCACCGCUGGAACUCUGCACGCCGAAGGUGAAAACGAGACCUUUGCUGACCACAGGGAGCAAAUCCUGAAGACGGCAAAGGCCCUUGUUGAGGACACCAAGACCUUGGUCGCUGGUGCUGCCUCAUCUCAAGAACAGUUGGCCGUCGCCGCCCAGAAUGCGGUCACCACCAUCGUCCAACUGGCCGAAGUUGUCAAGUUUGGAGCUGCCUCUCUUGGCUCAAACAACCCUGAGGCUCAGGUGAUGCUGAUUAAUGCGGUCAAAGACGUGGCUUCUGCUUUGGGAGACUUGAUUCAGGCCACCAAAGCGGCCUCUGGCAAGUCCAUAACCGACCCGUCCAUGAACCACCUGAAGGAUUCGGCAAAGGUCAUGGUCACCAACGUAACUUCCCUGCUGAAAACAGUCAAGGCCGUCGAAGAUGAGCACAGCCGUGGCACCAGAGCUCUUGAAGCAACCAUCGAGGCCAUCGCUCAAGAAAUCAGGGCCCUGCAAUCCAGUGAGCAGCCCAAGAUCAAGGUGAGCCCUGAGGAUUUGGUGCGCUGCGCCAAACCGAUCACCCAGGCCACUGCCAAGGCCGUUGCUGCUGGAAACAGUGGCAAGCAGGACGACAUCAUUGUUGCUGCCAACAUGGGACGCAAGGCCAUUUCAGACAUGCUGACCAUUUGCAAGGCUGCGGCAUUCAUGGCUGACAGCAAGGAGCUGCGCCUGAGAACCAUUGAAGCAGGAUUCAACGUGUCCACUCAAUACAGGGAGCUUCUGCAGGUCGUCCUGACCGUCCUUGAAAGGCCCGGAGCCGCUGCCGAGUUGAAGCACAACAUGGCGACCAUUUCCAGGAGGAUUGCCCAGAGCGUCACUGAGCUUGUUGCUGCAGCCGAGAUCCUCAAAGGCACUGACAUGGAAGACCCUGAUGACCCGACCGUCAUUGCUGAGAAUGAAUUGCUGGGCGCCGCUGCGUCGAUCGACGCCGCAGCCAAAAAGCUGGCCAGUCUUCGUCCACGCCGCUCUGUCCAGGAGGCUGAUGAAAGCUUGAACUUUGAUGAGAUGAUUUUGGAGGCCGCGAAAUCCAUCGCCGCAGCCACUUCGGCUCUUGUGAAAGCCGCCUCUGCCGCUCAGAGAGAGCUCAUUGACCAGGGCAAGGUCAGUCGGCGUCCCCUUUGCAAUUCUGACGACGGCCAGUGGUCCGAGGGCCUGAUUUCGGCCGCCCGCCUUGUGGCCGCCGCCACACACAGCUUGGUCGAGAGCGCCAACGGCCUCGUCCAAGGCGUCUCUGGUGAGGAGAAACUCAUCUCAGCGGCCAAGCAGGUUGCCUCCUCCACAGCCCAGCUGCUGGUGGCCUGCAAGGUCAAGGCUGACCCUGACAGCGCCUCCACCAAGAGGCUGCAGGCGGCCGGCAACGCCGUCAAGAGGGCCACGGACAACUUGGUGCGCGCCGCGCAACAGGCGGCCGCGCAGGAGGAAGAGCGCUCGUUGGUGCUCAACAGACGCAUGGUCGGUGGAAUGGCUCAGGAAAUCAACGCGAGGAGCGAAGUUUUAAGAAUUGAAAAGGAGCUGGAGGAAGCACGAGGCCGACUGACUGCGGUUAGACAGGCCAGGUACAAAAUUCGCGCACCCGGAGCUGGAUCUGGAGAUGACACUGGCGACGAAGGAGGAUACGGAAGCGGAUAUGAAUCCUUCACCAGUCGUUACGAAACGCGCACAUUCGAUCAGAGCCAAAGCCCGAGCCACCAGAUGUACGCGAGCACGCCCCAGAAACCUGGCAAUCAGCAGCCACCGAAUGCUGUCCCCUCACCUGCACAGCCACAAGCGCACUACAACAACGGCACAGCCAAUUACUCGCACAGCAAUGGGACCAUGAGCACCUUUGGAACGCCCAUGCGCUCCUCAAUGCAGCAGCAGCACAUGGACAACCAGAGCUACCACACCAGCGAGGUAUCUACGAGUAAUCAAAGAAUUGGAACUGAAGAAAAAAUGAUGCAAAUGAUGCAGCAGUCGACGCAGCGAGUUGAGCGAUCAGUGACCAUGGUCACUCAGCAACAGCAGCAACAACAGCAGCAGAGGCAGACGCUGUCAUCCUUCCGCACAAUCAACCAGAGUUGAAAUUGCAAAUGAAAAAAUUCGUCGCAACCUUGUCUUGACGCCCCGAACCGAUGAUAAUAAGCUUUUAACCAUUUCAUUACUUUACGCAAAUGUACAUUUUCUUGCAACAGUAUUUUGAACGAGCUUUUAUAGGGACCUUCCUUUGAAAUGGGGUACUGUUGUCAAACAUUCAAAGCAUUUUUAAACAACCUUUUUUAUUGCGUGUUUUUUUUUGUAACGAGUCUAUAUACUAUUUUAGAAAAAAAAAUGAUUUUAAUUUUCGGCCCCCAAAAAGAAGGUCUUCGCCUUAAAGAAUUAAAUGUUGGUUGCCUGUUGAAAAUUCUAACGCAAAGUUAGCCUUGUAAAGUAGAACGUUGAUUGUUCUUAAUUUGUUUGCUGUGGUGCUACAAUAAUUGUGUAUUAUAGUAACACGGUAGCAAUUUAAGUGGAUUUCUAUCUUUUCAUUUUGACGGCGCACAAACAGAGAAGGUAUGUUCGUUUUAAUUAUAUUCUUCCUAGCAAAGUCAUUAAUCAAAAUCAGUUGUAACUUUAGAUGGAAUUUUUUUUAAUUAAGUGCGUAUAAGUGGAUAAUUUUACCUUAAAAUAUAAGAAGGAAAAAUAGAUUUGUAACACAGGUGCUCUAACCGGAAACUUGCGAUUCAAAACAAAAAAACACGGUGCUUUAUUUUUUUGUUUCUCUCUGUUUUGCUUUACACGAUUUUAAUUAAACUUGUUUUUACCAGACCCCUCCCCUCGUAACUUAUAUUAACGAAUCAACAUAUCAUUUAGAGUUUUAAUAUUUAGUUUAAACUUAUAUGGGUUUUCUUACAUUAUAUAUAUUUUCACACCCCGACUCAACUUCAGCCACCAGUUUGCCAAAGUUUUUACUUAUAUUUUUGGUCUAACACUUUUGCGAAAAUUUAAAUGAGCCUUGUGACUUUAAAAAAAUAUAAUCUAAAGUGCCUGGCUUGCGGCAAAUGCGGGCCGAGAAAUCUGAAAAAUUGAGCUGUAAAAUUGGAUGAAAUUACUGAAUGAGUAUGAAAUCUUUGUCAUAUUUAAGGAAAUUUUCUAUGCCAUAUUAUAUGAAAACAAUAUAUUAUUAAAGUUUAAGAGCAUAAAAAUGGAAACUACUUGUCAUGCAGUCCUAGAUUUGUAACGAAGAGGCCUUAUCGACAAAAUGCUUUGUAAAUCGCCGCGCACCACUUUUGUGAAAAACGGAUUGUGCCUCUGUAUAAGAGAGUUGGAAACUCCAAGGCUCGAAUUGUGGAUUUUGAACUAUUAUGUACUGGGACUGUUAAGAAGAGGAAAAUAUACGGAAAAAUUGAAUUAAAUAUAUAUUUAUAGUUGAUGAGAGGAAAUUGAAAAAUCGCAGAUUCAUAUUAAAAUAUAAAAUAAAAACUACUAUUAUACAAACUACAUCGUGACUAAAAAGAAUACAGUGUAAUAUGUUUUACCGAGUUUUACAAAAAUAAAAAUAUCACUUGUUAACUAAAAA